CAAAGUCAUUCCAUUCUUUGCACCUCAAUGUAAAAAAUGCAAGUUCUGUCUGAGUCCUCUCACAAAUCUUUGUGGAAAACUCAGGAAUUUUGAAACUCCUAUUAUUGAUCAAGAACUAAUGGAAGACAAAACCAGCAGGUUUACCUGCAAAGGAAAAUCAAUUUACCACUUCAUAGGAGUCAGUUCAUUCUCUCAGUACACGGUGGUGUCAGACGUCAAUCUUGCCAAAAUAGAUGACGAUGCAAACUUAGAGAGAGUUUGUCUGAUUGGAUGUGGAUUUUCAUCUGGCUAUGGGGCUGCAAUCAACACUGCCAAGGUCACACCUGGUUCUACUUGUGCUGUUUUUGGCCUAGGAGGUGUAGGUCUUUCUGCUGUAAUUGGUUGUAAAAUAGCAGGAGCUUCCAGAAUCAUAGCUAUCGACAUCAAUAGUGAAAAGUUUGCAAAGGCCAAAGCCCUAGGAGCCACUGACUGCCUCAAUCCUAGAGACCUGGAUAAACCCGUUCAGGAGGUCAUCACUGAAUUGACCAAUGGUGGUGUGGAUUUUGCCAUUGAUUGUGCAGGAGGAUCUCAAACUAUGAGAGCAGCCCUGGACAGCACAGUAGUAGCUUGGGGAUCAUGUACUGUGGUUGGAGUAAAGUUUGGUGACAAAGGAUUGGAAGUUUCUCCAAUAGAGCUACUAUUGGGCCGCAAGAUAAAUGGAACAUUCUUUGGUGGUUGGAAAAGUGUAGAUUCUGUCCCAAAGCUGGUUAAUGACUACAAGAAUAAGAAAUUUGAUCUGGAUGCAUUGGUGACUCAUACCCUGCCUUUUGACAAAAUCAAUGAGGCAUUUGACCUGAUGCACCAAGGAAAAAGCAUCCGAACAGUCCUGACCUUUUGAAGAUGCCAGGAACAAUUUGGAAUACUAUUCAAUUGAAUCUGAAACUGUCUGAUUAAUAUAUUACCUGAUAGGAUGAACCAAAGAAAACUAUGAGCUGUUAAUGUCUCAACAUAAAAUAGCUAUAAAUGGUAUGGCAUCUACACCCAUAAAAUGUAUUCAAAUUUCCUAUGUUAAAUAAUAUGAUUACUGAAGUAUUCAUGAAUAGAACCAUGUGAUGUUUAGAAAUUGUUUAAAAUUAGUUUUGGGGAGGUGAGAAUGGGCAAUGAAAGAAAAAUCAUACAUUUGUAAUUUUUGAAGUUGGUAGACAAACUGCAAGGAAUUCCACUAAUUUUGUCUAUGUUAAGAAUUUUCUACAAUCCACCAAUUUUUACUGGAAAAAAAUCACUAUAUAUUAUAUACAAAUAUAAAAAAUACUAUCAAAUAGUUUUUGUGUUUGAAUAAACUAUAAACUACUCUUUUAAA